AUGGCUGUCAGUCAGUCAUCCUCAUCAUCCUACGACUUUUCCUCUUACUCUUCCUCUUCGUCUUUUGAUGAAGACCACCCAUCUGAUUCAUACGACGAUGAACUGGAGGAUGAACAACUAGUUGCACCUGAUUCACAAGAGUCGCCUACCUUGGUUGGAUCCGACACCGAAUACAGAUGCGAAUCGGAGCCCGAUUCAGAGGCCGAUUCUGCCAAAAAGAACAAGACCAAGUCCAAAACCAAAACCGAUACCAAUGUUGAGGCAAAAUCCAAGAACAAAUCCAAUGAGAAACGGCCCCGGGAGAAGCCAGAGGAAAAGGGCGGAGAUGCCUCCAACAAGAAGAGGAAGAAGGCAGAAAAUGAAACAAAUCUCCAAACUGGUGGUGAUAAUGCUAAGGACAAGGACAAGGAGAUGAUGAAGAAGAAGAAGAACAAGUCGAGGUCGUCUUCUUCUGCUGCUGCUAAUGCGAGAGUAUGGAGCGAAAGGGAUGAGCUUGUUAUGGUGAAAGGUAUAAUCUCAUUUCUUAAAAAGUUCACAACAUUUGAUGGAAAAAAGUUCUACAAUUGGAUCAACAAGUACAUCGAAGCGGACGUGUCAACAGGUCAAAUAGCUGAUAAAGUGUGUCGAUUGAAGAAGAAAUAUCGUAAUAACGAAGCGAACCGCGGCCCAAAUGGGGAGGAUCCUGUCUUCUCAAAGCCUCAUGAGCAGAAAUUGUUUGAACUAUCAAAACAAGCAUGGGGGAGUAUUAGGUCUACCACUAAUAAUAAUAAUAAUACCAAAGCUGAUAUUAAUGAUGGUAUAGUUGAAGAAGGUGCUGAUGCUCAGAAAAAGGCAACGGAUGUUGUUGAUGAUGAUAACUUGCAGGAGAAGGAAGUAUUGUUUGACGAUAAUCUUGUUAUGGAAGCUUUUGAUAAGUAUUUAACAAGUCGUGGUUUAGAUUUGAGGUGGUUUAGUCAAGACAAAUUAGGGAGCUUGGAGAACAAGUGGAGAAAAAUCAGAGUUGCUGAAUCUACUUUUCGCUUACUGCAAGCCAAGUUUGAUGCAAAGUUGCAUCAAAUAGCGCUACAUGCUUGCAACUUCUUUGAUUAUUAG